AAUUCACAUCAAGAGUGUCAACAACUACUCCAACUAAGCGGCUUCCAAUUUCAACAGAGGCAAACAUCGCUUUGUCAAACGUUCACUAUGUUCACACUCCACAUUGGAUAUCGACGAACGCACCAUUCUCCAAGGAUUUAACUUGUGUUUUUAGUUGCAUGUUGUUGUUAUUUUGACGAAACAACUUGCUACUCCCUAGGACGUGGAGGCUAUCCUGUUGCUCCAUCAAAGCCAAAGUGUAGUCUAUUACUUUUUGGGGGAUCACAGAAUAUUUCUGAAGUUCGCGUUUUGGUGUUGAUUUUGGUCCAGCGCAAAGCUUUGUUGGCGGAGGUUUAGGAGACAUGACAGCUCUAGCCGGGGGCAUACCGAGGAUGAUGCGCCCGACACACCACCAAAACUACCCGCGGGGAGGCUACUCUCUGGAAGUCUCUACCCCGUUAGGCCAGGGCCGGGUGAACCAACUCGGUGGAGUGUUUAUUAACGGCAGACCCUUGCCCAACCACAUCCGCCACAAGAUCGUGGAGAUGGCCCACCACGGCAUUCGACCCUGUGUCAUCUCCCGCCAGCUCCGAGUCUCCCACGGCUGCGUGUCCAAAAUCCUGUGCCGGUAUCAGGAGACCGGCUCUAUCAGACCCGGGGCCAUCGGAGGCAGCAAACCCAAGCAGACAACCACCCCAGACGUGGAUAAGAAGAUCGAGGAAUACAAGAGAGACAACCCAGGAAUGUUCAGCUGGGAAAUCAGGGAUACAUUACUCAAAGACGGCAUCUGCGACAGAAACAAUGUCCCCUCAGUGAGUUCAAUCAGCCGCACAAUGCGUUGUAAAUUCGGGGGCGGUGGAGGAGAAGACGAGGAGGACGAUGAUGAAAUCGAGAAGAGGGAAUUGGAAGAGAACGAAAGAAGGGCGAAACACAGCAUCGACGGCAUCCUCGGGGAUAGACCCAGCCACUCAGACGAGGGGUCGGAUGUGGACUCGGAGCCUGGCCUGCCACUGAAGAGGAAACAGCGUCGCAGUAGGACCACCUUCUCAGCCGAGCAGCUGGAGGAGCUGGAGAGAGCCUUUGAACGAACGCACUACCCAGAUAUAUACACCAGAGAAGAGCUAGCUCAGAGGGCCAAACUCACAGAGGCCAGAGUACAGGUGUGGUUCAGCAACAGGAGAGCCAGGUGGAGGAAACAGGCAGGAGCCAAUCAGCUGAUGGCAUUUAAUCACCUGAUCCCUGGCGGUUUCCCUCCUUCUGCCAUGUCGAGUUUGCAGCCCUAUCAGCUGUCAGACAGCCCCUACCCUCCCACCUCCAUAUCACAAACAGUGGCAGAGCAGCCCAGUACGGUCCUCAGGCCUCAGCCCCUCCCCCCCACCUCGGUGCACCAGGGUGGGCUCGGCUCCUCAGCGGGGGCCCAGGAUGGUAGUUCGGGCUACUGCCUGUCUUCUGGACGCCAUGGCUUCUCCGGCUACUCGGAAAGCUUUGUGCCGCCCGGCCACUCCAACACAGUCAACCCCAGCAUCAGCAAUGGCCUCUCACCACAGGUGAUGGGGCUGUUGAACCCUGGAGGAGUGCCCCACCAGCCCAGCCACCAGAGUGACUUUGCCCUCUCUCCCCUGACCGGAGGGCUGGAGCCCGGGGUUGGCAUGGCGGCCAGCUGCCACGGCUCCCAGCGGGGCCUGGAGGGUCUGCCAGGCCUGACCAGCAUGCCCACCAUGCCCAGCUCCCAGUCCUACUGCCCACCCACCUACAGCUCACCAGCCUACGCCGUGGAACACCACCCCUCCUACCAGUACGGACAAUACGGACAGAGCAAGGUGCCUUUCAUUAUCUGAAGCCCCAACAUGUCCAGGACUGGAUGAGAUCUCUGGCCAACCUGACAGUCAACUCCGGAGAAAUCCCUCCUUCCCCCCUUUCCUCCUCCUCUGCCUAUUCCCCACCCAGCCCCUGAGGAGAAGGGACAACCCAGAGAAAUGGACUGAGGGGGGUUGUUUUGGGAUUCGUGUUGGGGUGGGGUACCCUGGUUGGGGAUGUGAGGGGGGUGUCUCAAUGGGAUAAUCAGAACCAAAGGGGGAGCCCUCUCCAGUUACCUGGCUCUCGCCCCACUCGCACUUCACGUCAUGCUCUGAAAACCAAGCACGCCUCGCUCUCCAUGCUUGAAGAGAAAAGUAAAUGGAGAGAAGGAGAAGAAGAGGAGGUGAGGCAGAGGAUAAACGAAAAAAGGGGGUGAAUAAAACAACAUUCACUCAUUCAAGACUCUGCCUUUAAUUUGUAAUAAGUGGCAGAGAGUGGGAGAGGACUUGUAAACAGUUUUUCUUCCAUGAAUGCGCUUUCAGGGCCAAUGUGAUGUGAGGAAAAUAAGGUUUUAAGGCACAAUCCUGAAGCUAACGGUGAUCUUUCUAUGGACCUGCAAUAGGCACACCACUCACUCAGCCACAAUGCUUUAUGUAUGGCACUCACAAUGUCUUAGGGAAAGGUCUUAUACUGUACACUGAUACUAUGUAUUAUUUCACAUGAUUUGGGGAAAUUAAAUGGGUUCUCUCAGGAGAAGAAAAACUGCAAUCACUUUGAUUUGUAAAAAUGACUGUAGGGAUAAAGUAAAGUAAAGGUUUGGACAGUGGACUCAGUCUUUCACCCAUCUAGGAUGAUAGUAGAGAGACAGAGAGAUCGAGACAUACAGUAGUAGAUGGAAGCUGCUUCAACCCAAAGAAGUGCAAUACAUUCAUACCUCAGAUGAAAUGAAUUGACUAGCCUACUACAUUCUUUUUGUAAUCUAUAUUGUAUUGAGAAAAACAAAGAUAGCUGGGUUGCUCGCAGAGCAGUGCACAGACCUUUUGGGGGGCAUGUGCUCAAACAAAAAAAAGGGCACCCCCUCAAUGAAAUUCCCACAACAGCGGCAAAUUAUUACAAGAAAAGGGGAAAGCAGCAUAAUCUGAUGAGUAAAGUAUUUUGCUAAACUAUUUUGAACUGGAAUUAAUGCUGCACUUAUUAACAAUGACCAACACAAUUCCAGUCAAAAUAGAAGAUUGUAAGAAAUACUGUUGACUACCAUUACUAGAUUCAACCCAACUCCAUUUGUUGCCACGAUCAUGCAUCCCAGUGUUUUUCCAAACUUUUUGACCUGCGACCCCCAAAAAGGAGUGGUCGGCCUACAAAACUUGCCUGUCAUUACAGCCAUAAAUGGUGAUGCAUUUUCAAAACGCAUGGCUACAGAAAUAAACUGCAUUUUACACCUGCAUUUGGAGCUGAAAGUCAUUCAUAUUAGCAGGCAAUAUGAACUAGGGAUAUGUCAUGUCCAGAGCAAGCAAAAUCAUACGGCCUACUUUUAGUGGAGGUUGCAGGAUCGUAUGGAAAUGAUGUCACUUUGGAGGGUAGCCUGCCUGCAGAGUGCUCGAUAUCAGCCCAGUAUCCCUGUUCUUCCUUACAAAAAUUGUAAUAAAUUCACCAGAUAUGUUACAUCUUCAUCCCAUAAUAUUGAAGGCAGUGCGAUGUUACAGCUGCUUAUCUUUAGACAUAUUGCCAGCAGUAGCCACCCAAACAAGCCCUAUCUGAAAUAUGAAAAUGACCAAUCAAAUCGCCACCUAGCCUGUUGUUCUGGCAAAAAUGAGUCAGUAGUAGACUGUAUUUUAUAUGGAUGAUAAACAUAGGCCUACUCUGUUUUUGCCAGAUCUGGUCACUAAUCUGGAUAUGCGCGUCUGACUUUGCCCGCCAAUGCUGAUGACUGGUCAUUGGUCAACAAUCAAGACGCACAACUUUUUGGUUCUGAAGCAUAGAUAAGAAUUUAACGCCGACUUGCGCGCAGUGGGUUCAGAACAACAACCACAAAAAAUUUACACAAAAAAAAAAAUAUAUACCACCACUGAAAAGGGCACUUUGGAGACUGAAAGGCCAAUGGGCAUGUGCUCUGCACAGGUAGAGCCUUAUCUGUGCACUUGCUUGGUGGCUCGGACCACUUUAAAGCAAUAAUAAUCCUAACACGAGAUCUGUGCAUGUACAGGUAACUUGGAUUUUUGCAGAUGAAAGAUUUGAAUAUAAAUCUGAGUUACAUACACUCAAGUUAAGAUUCUGCCCAUACAGAUCUGGGACCAGGCUACCAGUCACACAGUCCAGUCAAGUGUUAAUUGGACCUGAUGAAACAUACCACUCCUGUUCAUUUAGUAUUUAUUCAGUCCACCUCCCCUCUGUUAGUAUCCCUGAUCUUAGCACUCAGUGGUGCUGACCAGUAAAUCUUAAACAGCGAUGGAAAUGACAGAUAUAGGAUCUUAAUUUAAUCACCCUGUUGCAGGAUAACUUUCCUGCAAUACAGGAAAUGUUAAACUUGU